CACAGCACGAGGGCUGUACAUGCAGAAUAGUCCAUUGAAGCAGUGAUUUGAACUUGAACUUGAAACCAUUCUCUCCUCCCCAUUGAUAGCCGCUCUCCACACUCCACACUCUACCCCACGGCUCUCCUCCCGCGCUCGACGGACGGUGGUUUCUGGUUGCGAUCGGCGGUUAGACGCGUACCGUCCCGUGAGACGGCGGCAGCGGCGCAAUUGCAGCAAUAACAUGAGAGUGAGUGGCUGUCACGAGAGCUUUCCCAGCUCGCCUUCCAUGUCUCUCGCUUGCUGUAGCCUCAUGAUGCAGUGCCCGUGUUUCGGUCGUGUUGCGUGCUGGACGAGUCCUCUAACACGCCCACCAGAGUCCUAUGUAGCACACCCACCCAGCACUGCUAUGCCCAAGACAUGAACUCCGAAUUCGCGUGGUGGGAGUUUAGCCAACACCAGUACGACCCGAACCCCAAUCCAACCCCCAACCCAAACUCCAGCACACAUUCACACUCGCAUUCGUACCCGAACCAGAGUCCGAAAUGGGGCGUGAGAUACCCGGAGGCUCCGCACGCGCCCCCUCCCUUCACCUUCCCCGAGCAGCCUGUCGUGCGCCUGGCCGAGGGGUUUGGCCAUCUGCAGCUGAUCAAGGUGCCCAAGACGCGAACGAGCCCCGUGGUCACGAGGACGCGCAUCACCCGCCAUGGCUCCCAGCCCACGCCCAUCCGCCCGUCGUCCAGCGGCGGGGAGAUCAGCAUGGCCUCACAUCGCUCGCUUGCCCCGCCCCGCCGCUCCGAGUCGUACUCGCACCCCACGCCGCUCGAGGAGUUCCGCACCGCGAGACGCUGGCCGCCGCAUGGAUACCGGCCGAAUGACGCGCUGAACCAGCACGAGGCUGACGACUUGAUAUGCGCGGGCGCGCUGACGUUCAGGGGCAUAUGCGAUACCAUCCCCAACGCGCCUGCGGGGUAUGACCGCUUCUACGCCGUCAUGGAGUCGGAGCACCAGAGCCGCACCGACCGCGCACCGUUCCAGCAACACGCGUACCGGGACAUGUCGCUGAAUGUGAGGGGUGCAGCGGACGGCCAGUUCCCAUGGGGGUCGUUGGAGCAGCCGUGCAUGGCGUACGCGUUCGGCAAGAGCGCAGGCACAACGACGCUCAACUACUGGGCUGGCAAGUCGGGGAGCAGCAGCCCGCCGACGCAGUUUGCUGCCGACGCGAAACCGCGCAAGAUAAGGCUCCUGCAGAUCCUGGACAGGCUGCAGACGCUCGAGAGCGGCCUUAAUGAAGAUGAUCCAGAGGACGUGUAUCAGUAUUUGUACGGCACGCUUAUCGAGAAACCCGAGCGCUUCGAGGAUGAUCCGGGCUUUGAUAUGGAGCAGCAGAUUGCGGAUCUCAUAGCCGUCUUGACGAAUUCGCGCUGGAUCGACUUCUCCGUGCCAAAGAACCAGGUUGUCGCCAAGUUCUUCGACUCCCCGGAUCAACACAAGAAGCAGGAGUUCUUCCAUCAGUUGCUGCUGUCGGUGGAGCUCUAUCUGCGGAUACACUCUCGGGAGUUGGAAGGGAAGGCUAGGAAGAACCUCGUCAAGCAGCUUCCUUCCAUCAUUUCAUGGGAUCUGGCUAUUGCACAGCGAUGGCUCGACAAUAUGAUGAUCACAAAGUCGCGGACGUCUUCUACGCAGAGCACUUUCAGCUUCGAGCUGAUGAGCAAGAAGAGGCAGAAAGAGGCGCUGAGGCUCUUUGCAGCGACACUCAAAUGGCCAAACAUGGACGAAGUCGAAUACGUCCUCGAAGAACGCGACAUGGAAGAGAAGGCAGUCGAAGACCGCUCGGCCGACGCCAUGUCAUGGUUCUCCGGUAUCAUCCUGCCUGGAAGAACGCUGCCAUGGCUCAUCAUGAACAGCCUGAUUGACUGCGACAGAGACACGAAGGAAGCUCUGAACCACCUAACUCACAUGCAGCCUUCAUCCGGCUUCCAGUACCGAGCAAACACGUACUGGUCUUCUCAGUGCAUCGUUGGAAAGGUCCUCGGGGCUGCACGAGGCGUCAAGCAGAUCGCAGGCUGGAUCGGGCCGUGCAUAUACACUCCAGACCUCAAGCGCACUGAGUGCGUCAAAGUCAAGCAACUCGAGUCUGUCGAUCCAAAGCUCACGCCCAGGGACGUGGAGUUUCUGGGAGAGCGAUCACAUCCUCUAGGUCCGACUGAGACGAGCUACCCAAUAGAUGACUACGAGGUACCGUUGCCAGACACCAAAAACGUCACGGACCUGAUCAGGAUCGAGAAGCUCAACUUCAAGCCUGCAAAGGACCAGCCGUCUUCCACUAGGAAGGUCUCCGGUUCGCCCCUGGUAUUCGACGCAUCGAUCUUCUUUGCAUUCGGAGGAGAUACUUGGCCGAUGAAACUGCGCUAUGAUGUCGAUUUCAUCAACGCGUUCCCCUGCCACCAGGGCCCUCACGUCCUCUUCUACGACUUCACCUACAAAGCCAUCAAGAUCGGCCAAGGCCUCGUCGACCUGCACGACUGGGCUCGUCAAUCCGGACGCCACUCCCGGCCGUCAUCCACACGCUCCUCGCCCAAGAAAAACGCCCUCGCCCUCCCCAACGAACACACCCGCACUGCCCACGAGCAGGUCACAAACGUGCUCGCCAUCGAGGCCCUGGGCGUCAGCGACAACGAGGUCUUUGCGCGAGCGUGGUGCGCGCACCAUGGCCUCAGCGCCAUCGUGGCCAACAUCAAGGAGACGUGCAUGGCGUGUGCGAUUCGAGAGGCGUAUGCGGCGUGUGUGGCGGUGGUGAUUCUUACCGAGGGGGGGAAGGAGAGGGAGAGCGAUGAGGGCAUUCCUGAUAUUCCUGAGUACAUGUGAGGAGGUGUUGAUGGUUUGUUUUUAGCAUCUGUUGCAUUGAUGUUGUGUGUGUUUUUGUUUUGUGCUGCUUUGGCUAGGGUAUGGGUAUGUGGUGGUCAUGGAUAGGGGGAGUUGGUAUGCGCAUUUGUACUGUCUUAUGGGGUUGGUGUUUUUUUGGCGGUCAUGGGCGGGGUGGGAUAUGGAUAUGGAUAUGGAUAUGGGUGAUGGAUGGGAUGGGAUGGGAUGUAUCUUUACGCUCGCGAGAGCUUGGGACGGUCGGUCAUGGCAAGGUAACGGUUACCGGUAUGCUCAGGGUAGCUAUGUGUUAUGAAUGUAUGAAUUAAGAAUUUUGAAC